GAUGUUACAUUUCCUGUUGCUGCUUUCCAAUGAGCUGUGUGAGGCCUCUAUUGUGAAAAAGUCAGCGGAAGUCCCUGGGUGACGGUUUACAGCUUCACUCAGUCUGGUUUUAUUAGGGUUAAGAUUGUAUUUACUCACACUAACAGAAACACAAAUGAUUGUCAAGCCAGGUAAAAACAACAUGUCUCUCUCAAACACUUAUUAGGUAGAAGAUAGCGGGACAGAGACAGACAGGCAGAGAGACAGAGAGUUGGUGCAGUCACUUAUUAAUGUCCAUGUGUCUGUUAACUACUUCUUCACACUCUCCACCCCUCUUUCCACCUGUCUUCUCUCCAUCAUACGCCCCCUCAGACCUCCAGUCGUCCACCAGCCUGCAAACUUUGGAACCCGACCUUGAAUCCUGAAAACACAAGACAUCUGUUUGUAUUAUUAUCAUUAUUAUUUUUAUAAGAAGUAGUAGUAGUACUAUUGUUGUUUUUGUUUUUGUUAUUGUUAUUAAUAAAUGAACACCUGUGUUGGUGGAGAAGCUAAAGGCUUGAACAAUACGUUUUAGAACAUAUUUUAAUACAUUCAAAUUUGCACCUAACAAUAUAAGACAAUAUAUAUAUAUACACAACAUAAAACUGAAGAAAUAGGACUGAAGAGAUGGGAUUCGGUGAUCUGCUGGAGCAGGUGGGCGGGUUCGGCAGGUACCAGUGGCUCCACGUGACUCUGAUUAGUUUACCUGGUUUGAUGAUGGCCAGUCAGAACCUGCUGAAUAACUUCAUCUCAGGAAUCCCCACCCACCACUGCAGCCUGCCAGCCAAUCACAGCCUCUACAACCUGUCACACCAACAGGUGGAUGAUGGGCAGCUACUGAAGGCUUUCAUCCCACUUGACACUUCAGGAAAUAGACUGGACCGCUGCAGGAGGUAUGUAGAGCCUCAGUGGCAGCUGUUAGUUGCCAACAACUCAGCUAAUGUUAGCCAGCUAGAGACAGAAGGAUGUUUGGACGGAUGGACAUUCGACCGCUCCGAGUUCCACGCCACCACCGUCUCUGAGUGGGGGCUGGUGUGUUCUUUACGUCCUCUGAAACAGAUGAUUCAGACCAUCUAUAUGGGCGGAGUUUUGGCAGGAGCCAUCAUCUAUGGUGGCCUGUCAGAUAGGUUUGGUCGACGGUCGGUCCUUAUUUGGUCAUACCUGCAGCUUGGUGUGCUUGGUUGUAGCUCCGCCCUUUCGCCUUCAUACUCUGCCUACUGCAUUUUUAGAUUCCUGUCCGGGAUGGCUGUGUCUGGAAUCAUCCUCAAUGGAGUGUCACUGAAGGUGGAGUGGAUCCCGACCAGAGAGAGGACAUUAGUUGGCACUCUCACCUCUUUCUUCUUCACAUUUGGUCAGAUGAUCCUAGCAGGGCUUGCCUAUUGGCUGAGAGACUGGAGGAAGCUGCAGUUAGCUGUCUGUGCCCCCCAUUUCUUGUUCUUCGCCUACAGCUGGUGGUACUCUGAAUCAGCUCGCUGGUUGGUUCUGAAACGCAGAUCUGAUGAGGCCUUAAAAAGUCUUCACCGAGUCGCUCGAAUCAACGGAAAAGCAGAGAUAAUUGACAAGUUAACACUGGAGGUACUACACUCUCACAUGAGUAAGGAGAUCGAGUCAAGUCGUUCUACAUUUACAGCAUACGACCUGCUGAAGACCAAGGGCAUGAGACGUAUCUCCAUCUGUCUGGUUGCUGUCUGGUUCUCAACCAGUUUUGCGUACUAUGGUUUGGCAAUGGACCUGCAGAAGUUUGGGGUGAAUAUCUACCUGAUGCAGAUCAUCUUUGGAGCUGUUGAUUUUCCCUUCAAACUAAUAGCUCUGGCUUCUCUCACUUACCUGGGGAGGAGGAUCACUCAGGCAGCCUGUCUCUUCCUGUCUGCCGUCAUCAUCUUUGCCAACAUCUUCGUCCCCUCCAACAUGCAGGCCCUCAGGACCACGUUGGCUUGUCUUGGGAAAGGCUUCACCUCAUCGUCCUUCACCGUUGUCUACCUGUACACUGGAGAGCUAUACCCCACGAUCAUCAGGCAGACAGGAAUGGGCUUCGUCUCCACCAUGGCGAGAAUCGGCAGCAUGGCGGCCCCUGCAGUCCUCAUCCUCGACGAGGUACUCCCUGCUCUGCCCAGUGUCGUGUAUGGGGGGGCGGCGGUGUUGGCUGGUUGCUUUGCUUGCUUCCUACCGGAAACAUUGAAUUUGCCGCUUCCAGACACCAUCGAGGAUGUAGAGGAGAAAUGGUCUGGAAGAAAGCCCGCCACCCAACAACAAGAGGGCUUGUCCUCACGUGAAGGCGGAGCCUCUGAGAGUGGGGAUGUUGUCUCAACGGAAGGCGUGGCUUUAAAAGAGCUGAAGGAUGCAGAAGGGACUGGACUCAAUGCCCUCUGACCAAUCAGACAACACUGGCAAAAGUCAAUGACAGCUGGAUUGAACCUGGACCAAUCAGAUGGCUGAAGUCAUAGAUGAACCAAUGAGAAUCAAAGAGAGGCACACUUCAAUAGCCAAGUUUUUCUGUGUUCCAGAAAUUUCAUUUUACCCAAGAAAUUAUCACAUGUUGGUGUUAUAAUGUCUGAAACACAAUUUAAACUGUCUCUGUCAACAUUAAUCAAUAACUCACAACAGAACAGUGAUUAAUAUCAGAUUAGAUGAUUGAUAUAGUUUCACACUGUAAGACCCAGUUUUCAGAGAUAACGAUUAAUUAGAUCUCUGGUCUGGCACUUUUUGUGGUGUCUGUGUCUGAAGAGACUUUGCCAUCUGCCUGUAUUUUCUUAUUUGGUUAGGAUUUUUACUAUGUGCAGGAUAUUUGUGGACAUCGGCAUUCUGAAGAAAGCCAUGCCAACGUGGGCAUGGGACUCAACAAUAAGUUAUCUCCAGAAUCACUCACAAACAAGCAACUGAAUAAAUCCUGCACAGUGUGCCUUUAA